UGUUGUUAAAACGUUAUUUUUUUUUUCACGCGACGUGUGUUUAUUAUUUUAAUUGGCACGUGUGUGUACCUAUACACAGGGCAAAACUAUUUCACUUUAUGAGUGCAACUGCGAGUAUGAUAAAAGGUCGUCCAGAGUAACAGUGAACCUCGUGAAGUCCGCAGUUUUGUUUAGUGUCUUUGUUGAAAAAGUUACGGCGAAUCAUUACUAUCGUGUCUACAGUUCAACAUCGCGAUUUCAACGCCGUCCUCUCGAAUACCUACUUCUAAUCAGAUCGUAUUAUAUGAACUGGUAGUUGCUAAGAGUCUGAUGGCAUAGCACAGCAAUGAUGUCGAUCAAAUUGGUUUGGCUGUGUUYCCUACUGGCGUUGUUGGGUUACAAAUGGACCGACGCUACAGAUCUAUCUCAAUGCAUGUCGGCACUCGGCAUGCAGUCCGGAGUGAUAAAAGACGACGAUUUAACCGCUAGUUCUUCUUUCGAAAUUGGAAAUGUCGGACCGCAGAACGCCAGGGUACGCACAGAAAGAGAAGGGGGUGCUUGGUGUCCAAAAGAGCCGGUCACUAGGGAACCCACCGAAUGGCUUGAAGUAAAUUUACACGUGGUAAGAGUGAUCACGUCAGUGGAGACUCAAGGCAGGUUUGGCAAUGGACAAGGUCAAGAGUUCACCGAAGCAUUUCUGAUCGACUACUGGAGACCAAAGCUUGGAAAAUGGGUCCGAUACAGAAACAUCACUGGACAUGAGAUACUGAUCGGUAACAUCAACACGUACUUAGAGCACAAACAAGAACUGAAUCCUCCGAUUUGGGCGUCGAAAAUUAGAUUCUUGCCGCACAGCUACCACACCCGACAGGUGUGCAUGCGAGUCGAGCUCUACGGAUGUCCGUGGACAGAUGGCAUUCUCAGUUACUCGAUGCCGCAAGGCGAUAAACGCAGUCCGGAAUGGGAAUUUUAUGAUUCCACGUACGACGGAUAUUGGGACGACGAAUUGCAAAGWGGUCUUGGCCAACUGACCGAUGGAAAAGUCGGAAUGGAUAAUUUCAGAAUGGGAUAUUAUGACACUGAAAGAGGUCAAGGAUGGGUUGGUUGGAGAAAUGAUACGAGAAAUGGUCAAGCGAUAGAGAUCAAAUUUGAAUUUGAYAAGAUCCGAGAGUUCACCGGGGUUCAUAUAUAUUGUAACAACCAGUUUCAAAAAGAAGUACAGGUGUUCUCCGAAGCGAGUAUUUUAUUCAGCGUGGGAGGAAAAGUGUAYUCGUCAGAACCAUUGACUUACACCUACAUGGAAGACAGGAUAUUUGAGUCGUCCAGAAAUGUCAGCAUCAAGUUGCACAGGAGAGUCGGCCGUUUCAUUAAGCUUAGGCUGUCUUUUGCUGCCAAAUGGAUCAUGAUCAGCGAGAUAACUUUCGAUUCUGGAUUGGCUGAACUACAAAACGACGUGAGGAUUUUGGCCGGCCUGGAAGAUCAAAACAUCGCCAGAGUGUUGGGCGUGUGUACCGUCGAACAACCACUGUGCGUAGUCAUGGAGUACACUGAGCACGGUGACCUCAACCAGUUCCUCAAAGCGCACGUGCCCGCCGAAGCAGUUCGGAACCUGCCGCCACCUGUGAAAACCCUGAGUUUCCAAUGUCUGCUGUACCUCGCCACACAAAUAGCGUCAGGAAUGCGUUACUUGGAAUCGUUGAACUUUGUCCAUCGUGAUUUGGCUACCAGGAAUUGUUUGGUGGGAAAAGCGUACAAAGUAAAAAUCAGCGAUUUCGGCACCGACAACGAAGCGUAUUCGGCCGACUACUACAAAUUGGACGGCAACAUCGGGCUUCCCGUCCGAUGGAUGUCGUGGGAAUCGGCGUUCUUGGACAAGUAUUCGACGAAAAGCGAUGUAUGGUCGUUUGCCGUGACCCUCUGGGAGAUCCUGCACCUGGCCAAGUCGCGGCCGUUCGAAGGGUUCUCCGACCACAGGGUGGUAGAGAACCUGUCGCACAUGCACGUGGACGACGGCCUGUUCGAGUACCCGGCCCGGCCGGCGUGCAGCCGUGACAUCUACGACCUGAUGCGCGAGUGCUGGAAGCGACAGGAAUCGGACCGACCCACAUUCAGGGAGAUCCAUCUGUUCCUGCAGCGCAAGAACCUCGGCUACGCACCCGCGGCCGCCGCGUCAUGACGGUCCGGCGGCGGUAGCKGCGGUCGGCGCGGUGAGCCACGCGAAGGAUGGCCGUUCGUGCUCCGCCAAAAUGCUUCCUAUCUGCCCGGAUGUGAUGCAGACUGAAGAGCGCCGGACAUCCCCCCCCCUCCCGGACGGCGCCAACCGCUCACUGGCGACAGGGCGGUGGGCCGAAACCGUCGACCUGAUAAAUUUACUGCUUCGACAAUCUCUUUGGCGCGCGCGGAUUCUAUGUCGUUAUAAUAAUUAAUAAUAGCUCGUGGAGCCGUCGUCGCACGCAGAAAAUGCGUCGUUUGUUUGUUUAUUAAUUGUUUGUUUUAUCUUUUCUUUCUCUGUUUAAUAACCGACUACAAUAAUAAUAUUAUAAUAAUUAUGUCGAGUCGACUAUAACUACAACCUGUGUAUAUAAUAUAAGUAAUCCACCGAACCGUUACAUUAGAACUGUCCGUUUUUGGACUGGUCAUUAACAUGGUCAAGUGCCUAAUUCGUGCGGUWUCUAUUUAAUAUGUUGUUGUGUGUACAUACAGAUGAUAAAUAUUAAACUUAUAUUGUAAAAAUUGUAAACGCUAUAAUGUUAUAUAAAUAGACUGAUAGAAAAAUAGGCAAUAUUCAUCAUCGGACGGAUCGCGUCCCCGUCGUCUUUUAUCCACGUCAAUCUGUAUUAUACCGAUACAAUAAUAUGAAUAUGAUAUUAGUAUAUUAUUACGUGUAUCGUUAUUUUACAAUAAACCAGAACUUGGGCGGGCGUAAUUCGUUAAAAUAACUGUUGCUCGUUAUUUUAGAUUCUUCUCGUCGUGAUUAAGAGUCUCUGUUGUACAUUAAACGUUUUUGUGUAAAACGCUAAUAAUCGAAUGAAUUAACAUAUCUGCUAUUUCCGUUUUGAUCGCUUGUAUUAUUAUCAUGGCGAUUCUAGUGGAAAUGUAGUGGCCUAUGUAUUGUAAUAAUAUUGAUAUUAUUAUAUUAUUAGGUCGAGGCGAUUGAUUUUGUCCCUCGCCCCUCACAGCUCYUCCCACCAUUCGCUGGAUGUCAUACUCAAAUGAACCGACAACUGACGAAAAAUAUACAAUUGCAAUAACGUACCUAAGUUGUUAAAACAUUUUAUUCAUUUAUUCAUUACAUAAUAUUGUACA